CCAUACCCGAACCGAUACCUGGAGCUCAACAAUAUCUCACUCACACACACGCGCGCCGUCAUGAUCGCAUCUUGACGCUCUACUGUGACAGACUCGGGGCUCCCUCUACGAAACACCCUUCUGAUGAGGGUAUAGUAAACACGCCAAAUAUCCGCUCGGUGAGCUGGCAGUCGCCAUGCUUUCGGCAUUCACAGCUCGGCCGAUCAUAGAGCUUAAGCAACGGGAUAAGUCCAAGAUUGAGACAAUCCUCGCGCAUGGCGAUCGUGUUUUCGUAGGCCUCAACAGCGGAGCUCUUCGCAUCUACCGUCUCAACGAGCUACCGCCUCCGUCGCCGACCCAGGCCAAUGGCUCCUCUCAACCUCCCGCGGCGGGUUCGCAAGACGCAACCGAGACCAACCCGACGACAGAACAGCCGAAGAAACCUACGGACCUGCUGCGCGAGGUAGAAAAGUUCUCGAACAGGGCGAUUGAGCAGCUCGCCGUAAUCAAAGAAGCCAACACUCUUGUCUCGUUGUCGAACUACUACGUAUCCCUCCACGACCUCGGAACCUAUGAGCCCCUGGAGACUCUAUCGCGAACGAAGAACGCCACCUGCUUUGCCGUCACAUCAAACAUCGUGAAAGAUGCAGCAACCGGAAUACCAGAGAUUAUAAGUCGCCUGGCGGUGGCUGUCCGUCGUCGAUUGCUGCUAUGGAGCUGGCAUGAAAGUGAGCUGAGCGCCGACGUUGGGGAAGUCACAUUACCGGAAUCGAUACGAACCGUCACAUGGGCUAGCGCGACAAAGAUUGUAUGCGGAAUGAACGCGGGAUACGUUUUGGUCGACGUAGUCACCCAUGAGGUCGAAGAUAUCAACAGCCCAGGCUCCGCGGCAUCAGGCGGGCAGGCCAGUCGUUUCGGAGCGGUGAGCAGCGCUGGAAUGGGCUAUAUGGGCCUCGGAGGAUACAUGCCCAAGCCGCUCGCUGCGAAGCUUGCCGAAGGCGAGCUGCUGUUGGCCAAAGACAUCAACUCCAUGUUCAUUACGGACGAAGGGAAGCCGGUUGAAAAACGACAGAUUCCCUGGCAAGCCGCUCCUGAGCAGAUCGGCUACUCGUACCCAUACAUCCUGGCUUUGCAAGCUCCGUCAAAAGGCUCGCUUGAAGUCAGGAAUCCAGAGACGUUGCACCUGUUGCAGACCAUACCCCUUCCAGGGGCGGCGCAACUUCACUUUCCGCCACCUAAUGUCAGUCUCGCUCACGCGGGCAAGGGAUUCCAUAUCUCCAGCGACCGAUGUGUUUGGAAAAUGGGGGCUACCGACUACGAUUCACAAAUCGACGAGUUGGUCGAAAAGGGCAAAUAUGACGAGGCCGUCAGCAUCCUUAACAUGCUUGAGGACGCCCUCCUCCGGAACAAGAAGGAGACUCUCCGAGAGGUCAAGAUGCUCAAGGCUGAGAUGCUUUUUAAGCAAAAGAAGUUUUACGACUCCAUGGACCUUUUCAAUGAGGACGAUGUUCACGCACCACCUGAGCGAGUUCUCAAGCUUUUCCCGCCAUCCAUCGCCGGGGAGAUGUCUGGUUGGGCGCACGGAGCGCAACCGGAUGAAUCUGGCAGCGAUGAGAAGGAGAGUGAGGAGGAACCACAGCAGAAAACAAAUGGAGAUAAGCCCAAGGAAGAUGCAGCGGAAACACCCGCAUCCCCGGCAAAAGGAGGCGUUGGAUUUGCCAAGUUAUUCAUGGGCUCUCGCAAAACGGUGCAACCAGAUGCUGCCUCGAUCAUAUCCAAGAAAGACACAAUAGAUGUCGAAGAGACUGGGAGCAUCAGAAGCAAAGCCACCGAGAACCUGCCGCUUGAGGGCGAGGAGCUCUUGGCUGCCGUCACAUCGCUGGCUGGUUAUCUUGUGGGAACAAGAACGCGUCUACAAAGGGUCAUUGACCCGAGCACUGGCAAGCUGAAGCGGACAGACACCAAUGGCUCCAACGAAGAGACAAUGAAGAGCUUCAUGUCCGGCUCCCACGACGAUGAAUCGGGGAGCCAACUCGAGGGAGAGAUCCGGAGGACGUCGCGAAUUGUCGACACCGCUUUGUUCCGGACUUACAUGAUGACCAGGCCUGCUCUAGCUGGGCCUCUUUUCCGCCUCCCGAAUUUUUGCGAUCCAGACGUGGUCAACGAAGCACUGCUUUCACAUAGCCGAUACAACGAGUUGGUUGAUUUCUUCAGCGGCAAGAAGCUUCACUCGCAGGCACUUGAGCUUCUGAAGCGCUUUGGAACUGCCGAGACACCGGACGAGGCUGCACCAGGCUUGCAUGGGCCUCAAAGGACAGUCAUCUAUCUUCAAACACUGCCGCCGUCUGAGAUUGAUCUCAUCCUGCAAUACUCGGAAUGGACCUUGAGAGCGGAUCCAAAGCUGGCCAUGGAAGUCUUUAUCGCAGACUCUGAAAACGCCGAGACGUUACCUCGUGGCCGGAUCGCUCGUUUCCUGGGCGGGAUCGAUCCAGGAUUGGAGGUGCAGUACCUGGAGCACAUCAUCUCCGAGCUUGACGAGUCAACUCCAGAUUUCCACAAUCGUCUUGUCGAGCUCUUCAUCAAGCAUUUGAAGGAAAAGAAACGUGACGAUGAAUGGGACGCAGAGAUGGAUCGUUUCGUGCAGUUUCUCAAGACCAGCAGCCAGUACAGUCUUAGCAAGGCGUUCAGCCUCAUCCCUCGCGACGAUCCUGCUUUCUACGAAGCUCAAGCCAUAGUGCUGAGCAACAUGGGCUCGCACAAGCAGGCACUGGAAAUCUACGUCUUUAAGAUGAAGAAUUAUGCGAAGGCCGAAGAAUAUUGUAAUAUCGUCCAUAAGUCCAGAGACUCUAGGCCUUCGUCUCCAGACCAGUCACGACGCCCGUCAUCGGCGGAUGAUCCCGAGGAUUCGGCUCCAUCCAUUUACCAUACCCUUCUUUCACUAUAUUUGACUCCACCGUCACCCCAUAAACCAGCACAUGACCCGGCUCUCGAGCUACUGUCGAGGCACGGAUCGCGUCUCCCGGCAGCAUCGACUCUCUCUCUGAUUCCCGACGACCUCCCUGUUCGCGAUCUUGAGUCAUACUUCCGUGGCAGAAUUCGGUCUGCUAACAGCGUCGUGAACGAGUCGCGCAUCGUAGCUCGGCUGAGAGACACGGAACUGGUAUCGACGCAAGCGCUCCUGCUCCUUGGCGACGGCAUACCCGGCGGACAGGGCGGACGCAACAGAAGGGUGACGAUUACUGAAGAGCGGCUAUGUGGCGCUUGCCACAAGAGACUGGGGCGAAGCGUGGUGUCGGUUCUUCCGGACAACAACGUGGUCCACUAUGCGUGUUUCAACAAGGCGACAUCGCAGCGACCGCAAAGCUCUCGGGCAGGAAACUGGGCUCGAAGGUUUUCGUGAUUGAGGGGGCGGCAAGGAACGGGCGGGAUGGCAGGCGGUAGUCUGAGGCGUGUUGGUGUCGUUGCUUGUGUUUUUUGUUCUUGGUACAUAUUGGUACUCGCAUAGCCUUGGGUUUUUGAGAGCGGCAGCAUGAUACAGCAAUACCCCGUAUAUAGGUGGCACAGAAUGUACGAUUGGCGCCGUGAAAAGGUCAAGAAAGUUUUCAUGCCUCCCUCCCCUUUGCGUUGCUUGUCGCUUCAGUCGUCUGAGGGGGGUGCCUCCUCGCCGUAAUUCUCCUCCUCGAGCGCCUCGUCGACGGCCGACUUGGUUGCGGUGGUACCGCCGUUCUUUGCGGCCUCCUUGGCCUUGUCCUCUUCCAUGCGGGCGGUGAGUUCCUUGUUGAUGUGCUCCUGGGCGGCGUUGAUGGACUUGCGCAGGGCGUUGAGGUAGGCGGACUUGUCGCCGGGCGCGGAGGAUGGCGGGGCGGGGAGGGAUUCGGAGAAGGUGAAGGGUUCGUUUGUGGGGGAUUGGUAGGUUGCUGAGAAGUGUAGGGCCGGAGCGGCGGUGGUGGGGUUUGUGUCUGCCAUUGUUUAUUGAGUUGGGGAUGUCGUGGUCUCGUGGGUUGGAUGGGCAGGGCAAUUACGCUUGGUAGGCUGUGGUUGCGAUGUGUUGAUUCAGACGAUGCAAGAAAUAAGUGAAAUAAAAGGCAUGACGAAAAUUGAGUGCGGCUCGUUGGGGUUGGCUUGGAAGGAAUAAUUGCCCCUCUUCGAUCAUUCCAGCUGGUCCCAAUCCAAUGUUCCGCUGAAGAUGGAACCUGGAACAACUGCGGGGUUGAUUACACUAAGUCAGCCCGCCUGCCGG